GUGACUUGGUCUCUCGACGUCCUCUUUUUCCAUGUUCGCAUUAGGUUCUGAGGGGUUUUAGGGUUUUUCGUAAAAUUUACAGCUUGACACGCACUUGAGGGGUGCCUGCCAGGUGCUCGAUGAAUUGCUCCAAUGAUGGUAACACGUAUCGGUAUGGUGUAAGGUUCCUUGUCUGAUCAUGACUCUAUACUAAUGUAUGACGUCGAGUGCUCUCUGAUCCCUAGCUAUUAAAACCACCUCGAAUGCGAUAGUGCAAAGGUAGUCGCCAAAUAAACAAUUUGUUCUUCAGUCAACAGAGAACCAGCUGCGAGACAACCCAUUUUGAUUUAAUUAUACUGAAGUGUUCUCCUCCUUUCUUCAAUCUGCAAUUAAAUUGCGUUUCGUCCAAGUUCCACAAAGUCUCCAUUGAUUGCAAGCAAGACAUAACGCGUUUUUGUUACGCAAUUGGGUACUUUUGGAUAUUCUGCUGCGUUUCUCUUCAGUUUCUCCUCCAACCAAAAGAUCGAAUUUUUUUAAUCAGAUAAGGAUGUUGAAUGAAUCUAAGAAUUCACCAGAUGGAAGUGGUUUUACAAGAAAAGGAUGCAGCUGAUUGGGUUUACAGAGGUGAGGGGGGUGCUAAUCUUGUCCUUGCAUACUGCGGAUCCUCUCCAGCUUUUGUUGGGAAAGUGAUGCGGGUGCAGAAGGAAAAAAGGGAGAAAAGUCAUGGUCAUCGGAGGAAAAAGUCUGAAAGGCCCAAGAGUCCGUCGAGUUUAACGGUGGAGGAACGACUUCUAUGGAAAGAUGCUGGAGAGCUUAUAUCAUCUCCUACUAAAGAAAUUAUGGAGCAAGUAUAUGUGCAGCAUGUUAUCAGUCCUUUAUUAGGUCCCAAACAUGUCGAUCCUGGGAUCCGUAUUCUUGUAUCUAGGGAAUUUCUUGAAUCAAUUGAAAAGAAUGUGAUUUUUCAGCGUCCUGCUUGGCGAGUUGAUGCUGCCCGGGUUGAUAUGAGUCGUGAUUCCACGCUUCUUAUGUCUGACCAUUCCCUCUUUCCUCUUGGUACUCUGAAAGGUCAACCCUUCCUAUCUGUGGAGAUAAAGCCCAAAUGUGGAUAUCUCCCCUUUUCAAGAUAUAUUGCUGAGAGAAAUGCCAUUAAAAGAAGCAUCACUCGUUUUAAAAUGCAUCAAGUCCUGAAGUUGCGCCAACAUGAGAUAUCAGAACUUAGUGAAUAUGAUCCGCUGAAUCUCUUCUCUGGUUCCAAGGGCAGAAUACAAAAAGCCAUUAAAGCUCUUUAUGCCACCCCUCAAAACAACUUUCGUGUAUUUUUGAAUGGUUCACUUAUAUUGGGGGGAUUGGGUGGUGGCACGAACAAAACUAAUAUCGGUACUGAGGAAGCAUUUGAAAAUCAACUCAAAUGUCUCAUUCAGGCAGGUAAUGGCAUGCGCACAGAGAGUUUUAUCCAUCUUGUUACUGAGGCAGUUUAUAAUUCUGGAGUACUGGAUCGACUCUUAGAAGCCCAGAAACUUGAUAAUCUUGAUAUUGAAGGGGCAAUACAUGCAUAUUAUGACAUUAUUUCUCAACCUUGCCGGGUAUGUGGAGAACUGGGUGAAGAUGAACUGCCACACAGAUACGCCUCCUUGCAUUCCAUUCCUUUGGAUGAGAGCUUGAAGAUUGUGAAGGACUUUUUGAUAGCUGUGACUGUAAAGGAUUGCAGUAUGAUGAUCAGCUUUAGACCUAGAGUAGAUGGGGAAUUGGGAUCUUCGUAUAACUGUGUUUACUUGGAAUCAACCAAGCAAUCAUUUGAUUAUAAGGUACAUUUCAUUGACCUGGAUUUGAAACCUCUGAGGAAGAUGGAAGACUAUUAUAAUUUAGACAAGAAAAUAUUGAAAUGCUAUACAGAAGAGGCAAACACGAAAGAUGGAGCAGACAAGGCUUUGACUAUGCAGCCUUAUGAAACUAUAAGUUUAUAGAGAAAAAAAAAAAAUAAUGCUGUGGAAUAUACACUUUGUACUGAAUUCUACUGGUAAGGAUCUUCUUUCUCCUUUUUUAUGUGGCAUAUCAUCUCAAGUUUGACGUUUAUGAUUUAGACUUGAAGGAGGUCCAACGCGAUUCAGAUUUGAGGAGACUCUUUGAUUGGUACUGGUACAGUGGUAGUCUGUCUGUAUUAGUGAUUGAGGAUAUCGAUGGAUCUCUUGAGUCCGUGGGAGAUGAUAAGGUUACACUGGUGGGUCUGCUAAACUUCAUAGAUGGGUUGUGGUAACAAGGACUGCUAAGACCGGGACGGAUGGAUAUGCUCAUUCUCAUGUCCUACUGCACCCCGACUGGCUUAAAAUUCGAAAUUCAAACCUACCUGAGAAUUAUAAAGUGGGAAAGAAAUGUGCAGAGGGACUCGACAGCAGAACUGUCUGUAUGAAGAGAGGAAUACUUGACGUAGCUUUUCAUGGGCCACUUGAGAGGCCCAUCAUGCACCAAACUUCUUUUGCAUGCGUGGCGGCAUGGGCCAAGCCCAAAAGCGACUUGAAGUGUUGAAUACUGAAUAGUUAUUCCGCCUAGUCUAAAGGAGGUGUUUUUAUGCUUUGAAUAGAAAUUAAACAUUGUACCAACCAAACAGCAUGAAAAUUAACAGUUUCUGCUUGAAUUUCACAUUAAUCAAUUAUCAUACCUCAA